AUGGGCUGGCAGAACGACAGCUACGAGGAUAGCUGGAGCAGAGACUGGCAGGCUUGGAAAAGCUCGUCCUGGGACUGGCAGGCUUGGGAAAGCCCCGCCCAGCCCGCCAACUACUGGCACGACAGAAGUUGGAAAGAUAAGGACGACGACAAGGCUUGGAAAAGCACCAGCCAGCCCGCCAAAGACUGGCACGACAGAAGUUCGAAAGACAACAAGGACGACGACCAGGCUUGGAAAAGCAAAAGCUCCAGCUCCAAGAACGACGAGGCUUGGAAAAGCCAGAAGAGCUCCUCAGACUCCGAGGGGCUUAACUCGCACAAGCGGCCGAAAGGCUCUGGCACCACUUCGAAGACCCGCCAAGACAAAAGAAGGGGCAAGCAGUGGGAUGUCCUGGAGAAAAGAGGUGCCGAGCACCAGCCAGACACGGUCGAAAGCAUGAAGGCACACUUGGAAAAGUUGGCUAAAGCCGAUCGUAAAAUGAAGCAGCGGCUCGAGGAGCUCAAAUACGAAGAGGAGCUUGGAAAAGCUAAGGCGAACAAGGAGGCGGAUGAGCUUGGAAAAGCUAAUCCGCCAUCGAGCUCCAGCAGCUCCGAGACCCCGCAAGGCAAGCCGCCAAAGCUGCCCAAAGUGGAGGAGACGAAGGAGGAGGAGGUCGAAGAGGAGGUGGACUGGGAUGCCGACGAGGAGGACAAAGAGAAGCUUGGAAAAGCAUCUCCUGCUCCGCAGCAGGGCAGGCAGGGCAAAAAAGGCUUUCGAUCCACCGGUGAGGUCAAGCUGACACCAGGGAGAAAGCUGGUGCAGCUGGACUUUCACAACUGCUUGGAAAAGCAGGGGUCGAUUCCCGCCGAAAACGUGGAGGCCCUGCACCGUCUGUGCGAUCACACGGAUGUGUACGUGUGUACGUACGUGACGACCUAUAAAAGGGAGAAGGAAGUGACCCGCCAGCUCAAAGACUUGGAAAAGUCGAUGCAGAAACGAAGCCCAGAGCUUCGCCUGAAGCUGGCGGUCACUUACGAGAAGUGUGGCGAGCUUGGAAAAGCCGCCAUUGCCGACUACAACUCGGCAUCGUAUUGCAUAGACGAUGCCUGGCGGGUGAUUUCUGAAUGCCUUGAGUACAAGGUCUGCGAGAUGUGCUUUGCAGUGCAGACUCCGGAGCAGAAUCACUCCAAAUUCCUGAAAAGGAAGGGGGUCAAGGUUGUCAAGGACUUCCCCGAGGCAGUCAAUGACAUCCUCGACCUCCUGCCGCUGAACAAGAAGAACCUGCAGAAGGUUCCCGAGGCUUGGAAAAGCUUGAAGGAGAAGGUGGAAGAGGCUGCCGCCGCCAGCGAGGACCCGCUGGUCCAGGCGGCGGUACUCAAAGAGUCCUUGACGGACAAGGAGGCGCAGAGCGCCUGGGGCAAGCACAAAACGUACCUCAAGAAUGCCCCGGAAGCCGAGCAGGCAGAGCAUGCUUGGAAAAGCAAGAAAGAGAAAGGCUUGAGUGCGGCUCUGUUCCUGCUCCAAAGCGAGGGUAAGAAAUACAUGGCCUCCAAGCAGGUCGUGGGCGCCUUGGAAAAGGUGAAGAAGAAGGACGCUUGGGAAAGCGAGAAAACCAUGCUUACCAGAUGGACGGAGCAAGAGCUGCAGGCUCACCUUGCCAGUGGCAGAGUGAGCUGGCGGCAGGACCCGAGCACCCCGGGAGUCUGGGAGUACAAGGACAAUCAAAGAAUUGUCCGUACUUCCGAAGGCACCCGGGGUGCCACUUGGGAAAGUGGGGUCGAAGGGGAACAGACCCCAGACAACUUGGAAAAGUUCCAGCAGCUGUACGGGGACGAGGCCAUGGCCAUGCCCAGCAGUGGCAUGGUCAGCAGUUCCUUCAAAGGGCCUGGAAAGGGCGGCAGCAAGGGCUCGGGAAAGCCGGCCUUGAAGGGCAAGCCUGGCCAGCUUGCCCUGGAGGACGGGAAGGCAGACGACGAGGGCGAGGAGCCUUCGCUCGAGGAGCAAGUGGCGAAAGCAGAGGCCGCUGUUCGCAAGGCCAUGAGCCAAGCCCACAAGUGCAAGACAGAGCUUGAAGAGACCUUGGAAAAGGUCAAAGGAACCCUGUCCAAGUCGAGGCUCGCCAAAAGCACGUGCUGGCUGGCAAGCUUGGAGAAGCAGGAGGGGGUGCUCAAGACGACCCUGAAGAAAAAGCAAGGGCUCGCUGCUCUGAAGAAGGUGUUGGAAACCACAGCCCAAGUGAUCAAGCAGGCUCGAGACGAGCGAAAAGAGCUGCGACACCUGGAGAACAAGGCUCCAAGUGUUGCCAGCAGCAAGAGGAAGUGCUGGAAGAUGGACCAGGAGCUUGGAAAAGCUCAAAGAAAGAAUAACGAUGAAUUGCCGGAGUUCGCCAAAGAAGCCUUGGAAAAGGACGAAGUAACCUCCAGCUUGGCCGCCAAGCUCCUCGCAUUGUGGGCUCACGGGAAGCUCAGUGCGACCAUGAUUCGGGAGCUUGCUUCCUUGGCGGUGGUGGACGGUGCAAAGCACCCAGACCUUUUGGAGAUUGCUCAGGCAGGCAACUGGGGCGAGCAGCCAGGCAACAUUCACAAGCAGCUGAUGCGAAGGUUUGUAAGGAAUGUUGGCCUGGACGAAGCCUGCAAAGUAAAAAUACGAUGCCUUGACAACAAAGCCUGCUUGGGAAAGGACGAGGCAUCCUUGGAAAAGGACCCCGAGAAACUAUCCGUGGAAAAGGAUGAGGAGGCACAGGUCUUCCUGCCACACCUGGUCUUUGCGAACUUGGGCGCCAACUACCCCGAGUUCUUCAAGAAAACCUUUAACUGCGACAGCUUGGGAAAGUUUUGGAAGCAGGAUUGGAGGGAGAAGACAGUGCCUUUGUUUUUACAUGGCGAUGGGGUGGAAUUUCAAAGUAGAGACAGUCUGCUCACUUUCUCCUUCGGGGCUUUGGGUUGUGGCUUGAGCUCCCUGGAAACGAACCUGUACCUGGCAUCGUUUCCCAAAAGCUGCACCGCUCCACGAACAUGGGAGCCCAUUGGGAAGGUGCUCAAGUGGAGCUUUGAAAGCCUUGGGAAAGGCUUCCACCCAGAAACAGAUUACAACGGGCUGCCCUUGGAAAAAGGCAGCCCGUUGUACGAAAACAGGGGAAAACCCCUGCACCCAGAUGGCUGGAAAGCCUAUAUCUGGGCCAUCAUAGGGGAUCACGACUUCUUCGCCAACCAUUUGAAGCUUGGCCAUUGGGCCUCCCACUUCCCGUGCUGGGAAUGUGAUGCAGAGAACUGGAAAGGCUGCUGUUUGGAAAAACACUACAAGCAGAUUAGCUUGGAAAAGCAAACCUUUCGAGUUUGGACACCUGCAGAGCAUGCAGGUCACCCUGUAUCCAACCAUGCGCUUUUUCAGCUGCCCGGGGUCACAGCAGCCAACGUGAGGGGCGACCCCUUGCACAUUCUCUUCACCAAGGGCUUGUACGGUCACCUCAUAGGCGGCAUUUUGCAUUAUGCUUGCUACUAUGAGGGGCCCGGUGUGGUUGCCAAGAAGAAGCCUUGGGAAAGGCUGGCACUCAUCUUCUCGCAAGUGCAAGCAGAGUACUCCGAGAAUAAAGUUGCCUGCAGGCUGACAAACUUGAAGCUCAGCAUGCUGUGCGACCCCAAAAAUCCUUGGAAAAGGAGUGCAGAUCUGGAUUGCAAAGGAGGAGAGGCGAAGCAUUUGUUGCCUUGCCUUGUGCCAGUCCUCAAGAGAAUGUUUAGCUUGGAAAAGCCUCACGAGCAGAAAAUGAUCUCUGCAGCCAACUGCUUGGAAAAGCUGGUGGCUUUGUGGGACGAGGCAGGGCCAGUGCUCACAGACCAGGAGUUUUCCCGGUCUCUGAACCUUGGAAAAGGUUUCUUGGAUGAUUAUUCGUGGCUGCAUGACUGGUCCUUGGAAAAGGGGCGGAAUUCCUUUGCAGUCGUGGCGAAGCACCACACUUUCAUUCAUCUGCUCUGGAAUUCCAAAUUCCUCAACCCCAGAAUGCAGUGGUGCUUCAAAUCCGAGGACUUCGUCGGACAACUGAGCCGCCUGGCCCACUCGAUAAGCAUGGGUGUCGCGAGCUCGAGGCUGUCGCUUAAAGUUGCGAACAAGUAUCGAGUGUUGCUUCACCUUUUGAUCCGCAGUGAGCGAUUCCUUCUCACAAGCCAGAGCAUCUGGGAAGACUGA